AUGGACUACCGGAGGACCCGGUACACCUUGGCAGGGCAUGAGACGACGCUCUGGAUCGCUGUCGCUGCUAUCGCGUGUGUGGCGACGUGGGCAACGUGGCGGCGAAGACGCGUUCCCGUGGACAAAAAAUACGGCGGACCAUCAUUUCGGAGGACAAUCACCAAAGCAACACCUCCGGUAUUUCCAAACGGCUGGAUCCCAGUGCUCGAGUCGUCCAAACUUGCCAAUGGCGCCGUUGAACGUCUUGACGUUUUAGGGCUGCAGCUGGUUGCGUUACGCACAGAAGAGGGGGAGGCGCACGUGAUGGACGCCUACUGUCCCCACCUAGGAGCCCACCUGGGCGUCAUGGGCCGUGUGGUGGGAGACUGCAUCGAGUGCCCCUUCCACGGCUGGAGAUUCAGGGCCAAGGACGGGGCCUGCACACACGUGCCCUACUCUGCCAAAGUUCCUGAAUUUGUGAAAGCCAAGACGUGGCCUUGCCGGGAGAUAAUGGGACUCCUCUUCGUGUGGUACCACGCGGAGGACGAGACACCAGGCUGGGAAAUACCGGACGACAUCCUCACCAACGAGUAUGAGCCCUCCCCGACAGGGUCGUUCGAGCACGUCGUCCACUGCCACAUCCAGGACAUCGCCGAGAACGGCGCAGACUUGGGUCACUUCAACCAGAUCCACCGAGCUUCGAGCCUCGUUGACGGCAAAGAGUUCUCGAAGAACCUGGGCGAGUCGUGGAAAGGCCGCCUCUUCACCCACCACUGGGAUGCCACAUGGACGUCAACUGGUCACACUGGUGUGAUGAAGGCUGUUUCAAGCGUCGAACUACUGGGAAUGAGGCCAAAGCAUCUGCGUUAUUACAUCGAAGCUCGGCAGCACGGCCCUGCUCUAGUGACGAUCAGUGUGCACGGGAAAGCCGGGAAUUAUGUGGCGGUUCAAUCUCUGGUGCCAGAGGGCCCAUUCAAGAUUAGAAUGCAGCAUCGGCUGUACUUCGAGCCUGGUACCAACUGGGUUGUCCGGUUGUUCCAUACAAUGGCAAUGCGUCAUAUGGUUGAUCGAGACGCCGAAAUAUGGAACCACAAAAUCUUUCUCAAGCAGGCAGCUCUGGUCAAAGAAGACAAGACCAUCGCUGCCUUCAGGAAGUGGUACUCCCAGUUUUACAGCGACAACAGCACCACAUGGCAGGAGUUGAGAGAACGGACUCUAGAAUGGUGA